AUGCCUGGACGAACAAAAAAGAUCGAGACGGCCUCUCAAGACGCGGAGAUGGAUGACGCUGCCCCGCCAUCCGCUCAGCCAGAGGACCCUCAGACCGACGAGAAUGAGGAGGAAGGGGAGGAAGAGGAGGAAGAGGAGCCUCAGCGCGUCAAGAUUCUUCCUGGGUCUACCGACACUGCUGCCUCAUUCGAGUUCAUUGACGAGGGUCACACAAUAGGAAAUGCCCUCAGGUACAUUAUCAUGAAGAACCCUGACGUUGAGUUCUGCGCCUACUCCAUUCCUCACCCUUCAGAGCCCAAGAUGAAUAUCCGCAUUCAGACAUAUGAGGGUACUGCCGUCGACGCGCUCAAGAAGGGCCUGGUUGAUCUGCAGGAGAGCUGCGACGUUGUGGCCGAGGAGUUUUGGUCGAAGCGCCAGGAGUUCAACGCUGCCCAUGGGAUCAGCCGGUGA